GUGAUGGACAACAGAACGCUCAUUGUAUAGCAUCCGCCGAGGUAUAAAUAGUCCCGCGUGGACAAGAAGCAGUCAGAUCAGGAGUCAAAAAAUUCAGCAGCACUGAAGAUUGUCUGUUUGACAUCAUCACAGCGACACUUCAUCGCGCCAGAUUCGGGGUUGGAGCGAUAAUCAUUAGUGUGCUGUAGGAUCGAGCAGAUCGGAGGAGCAGAUCGACUGGAAGUCAAGUGGUUAUUAGCAGUGUAUCAUUGAGAUAGGACAGGACUGGUUUGAAAAAGGUGAGAUUGGUUGACCCAGUGACAGGAUUCUUCAAUUCAUUCUUUGUCAAGUCAGGAGAACAGCUGUGUGUUAGGAGGUCGGAUUGAUCAUUGAGCAACAUUGCUUGUGGAUUCAGUGCGGGCAGUGAGUUGUGUCUUACUAUCUUCUAGUCGUAUACGUCAGUACUCGGCUGGGUUGUUGAAUCUGUAAGUGCCGAGCCAGAGAUGGCUGGCGUCCCUGUGCCGGGGUACCAGGCAUUCUGGGCCGGAAAACGUGCCGCUCUACAGGCCGAAUUUAAAGAAAUUAUUAUGCAAUACCCCGAUGCCAAAAUAAAAUACAAGCGCUUAUUCGACAUCCUGUGCAGCAUUGAGGACGUGGCCGGCUUCACAACUGCUGCGAUUGGAGAAAGUGCAGAAUGGGCGGCAAUAGUCAGCGCCGCCGACGACAAUAGGAUUAAUUACUGCAAGGCCCUCUCCGGCAAGACGCUGUUCAGUGCGCUGUAUGGAAAUUAUACAGUUACGCUGAACGAGCUGAAGUCCCUGAUAAAGGCCAGCGCAUCAGGCACAAUUAUUCCAGCCCGGGUGGAAGGCUUCAAAGAAGUCCGGAGGAGGAAACGACAGAGUACCGCUGAAUUCGCACCGACUCCUAAGAAAACAACGGCAGCCGUCGAAAGGAAUCCCAAAACAGAGGUUGCCACCAAAAUCUACUUCGCCCCCCUCAGGGAGGCAACGAUGGAGACAGACACUUCUGGUGCAGAAGCCACUACACUGGAGGAGGAAACCAUAGUCUGGUGACUGUGGAGCUGUUCUCCCCUCACCCCUCCACAAUGGCUUCUGGGAAACAUUUUACAGAUUUACCAGAUGAGCUGUUGCUGAUAAUUUUCUCAAACUUGAGUAUUGAAGACCUUGCAAUGUCUGUACAACAUGUUAAUUCACACUGGAAGAAUGUCUCACAAGAUGAUUCACUAUGGGAAUACCAAACCUUUAGUCCUGGGUGCAAGAUGAGCGAUGAGGAAAUAUCAAGACAUCUAAGGAAUAUGCCAGCACUACGAUCGUUCUGUCCAAGUCGAGGAACAAACACGAAAGUCGUUGAUACACUGUGCAAAUACUGUAGAGAUAUUCGACACAUAUACUUCGGAUAUUCCCACAAGCUGCGUAAUUCAACAUUGCAUCAGAUUCUUAAAAAAUUUCCCCAUAUAGAGAAGCUCGUUAUCCCUCUCCCCAAAGAAACAGAUCAAUUAUAUUUUGCAGAUCUAGUGGCACAGUUUCAAAAAUUGACAACAUUAAGUUUUACCAGUCACUGUGUUUCCACAGUUUCAAAUGGGGUACUAAGAGCAAUUGCUGAUGGAUGUCCAUCUCUACAAUGCUUAGAUCUAGGAUUUGGGAUAUUCCAAAAUCAAGAUGUUGAAUACUUUUUGGAAAAAAAGGGACAACAGCUUUUGUCGUUCUGUUAUAGAGGCUACAUGUCAAAUGUAGCCCACAGAUUCUUGACAGAAUGUGCAAACCUGGAAUAUCUCAUUUAUGAACAUUGUAAUGAUGAUCUGCCAGGUACAGACAUACACUGUCUCUCAAACUUGUCACAAAUGCGCAAUUUGACACUUAUAGCUAUUAAAGAAGGUCAGACACGAAAUGUAUCCACCAUAUUUAAGAAUGAGUCAAUGUCUAAAUUAAUUACUUUAUGCUUAUAUAACUCUAAUGAUUUUGAUGGUUCAUCAUUAACUGUGAUUUUGAAAAACUGCCCUCAACUCCAAAGACUUACUGUUGAAGACUGUGCACUUACAGAUUAUGGUUUCCAGUAUAUUGGUAACUGUAAGAAUCUACAAUUUCUUGAUACUGCUGGUUGUUCUUUAAUCACAGACAAAAGCAUGGAAUAUGUUGGUGCUGGAUGUCCAAACCUCAGUCAUCUUCGUGUUGCAGAUUGCUACAAGCUGACAAACAAAGGCACUGAAUAUGUUUGCUCAGGCUGUCAGAAACUCAAGUACCUUAGUAUUCAAAAUUGUCCUGAAAUGACAGAUGAUGUCAUGGAACACAUAUUCAAAAGCAAACAACUUGAGGUUCUUGAACUUUCAUGCAAUUCUCAUCUAUCAGGAAUUAAUUUUCAUCUGAUUCCAUCCACUCUUGUCCAUUUGACAGAACUCCAUGUUCAAGAUUGUAGUUCAUUAGAUAAGAAAUGUAUGGAAAAACUUAAAGAAGAAAUGCCACAGCUGUUAAUUGCAGGAAUUUAUACCAGAAAUAAGGAAACUGAUGUUAACCUAGGCGAUGCAAAUUUCUUCAUUUCUCAGUUACUGUGAAAAUGGUGUGUGUAGUGAAGUAAAAUGUGGUGGUCUACAAAACAUGUAAUCCUGAAGAAAAAUUAUUUCUGCAAAAUAAUCUACACUAUAUAUAUAUAAAUAAUCAUUCUGAAGUCAGUUGUUUGAAUAUAGUUAGAUUUCUUGUUUUUAUCUAUACAUUAUAUGAUGUUUUACUUCCUUAUAAUGAGUUCAGAAUUAUGGACACAUUCUUUUCAGAGACUGAAAUUGUAUGUGAAUGCACAUUUGCUCAUUGUAAUUUUUCAAUAAAAACAAACAUGAAACAGAAAAUUAGCACUUUGAAAACCGGUAGCAUAAUAUUAUGCUUUUCGCUUUUAAACUUGGCAGACCGGUUGCAUAAUAUUAUGAUUUUAGGACAUGUUAUGUUGAAACACACUAUACCUUGUACUGGCGCCAGGCAGAUGCAUGACUGGUGCGUGAUAGACCUCUUGAAUGUUUGCUUCGUAGUCAGCAACAUGACCCAACUGUUUU